UGCGCCUUUAAGGGGCCCAGCGGAGGUUCCUGCGCGGGACGGCGUGGCCGCGAGGAUCCUGGCGGGACCGGUCCGCACCCCCAGCCCGCACCCGCCACGCUCCGGGACACCGGUCAUUCAAGGAGAUCAUACUGAGGAAUCUGGCUUUUAAUCUGAUAGGUUAUUAGAAGAAUAGAACUUCUUCAGAGAACUUCAAUGCAGAGCCGCUCUGGAGAGGAUGAAGAGCGAGGAGCUGGCGGUGGCCAUGGAAGAGACCUGCGGGGAGGAGGACGCGGCGGGGGCGCCCGGUGACGCUUUCCCCGGCCUGGCGCCGGCGCCUCCCGGCCGCCUGGGGGCGCCAUACUCCGAGGCCUGGGGGUACUUCCACCUGGCCCCCGCGCGCCCGGGGCAGCCGUCGGGCUACUGGGCCACCUGCCGGCUGUGCGGGGAGCAGGUGAGCCGCAGCCCGGGCUCCCGCGCGGGCACCCCGGCGCUGUGGAGGCACCUGAAGAGCGCGCACCGGCGGGAGCUGGAGGAGGGCGCCGCCCGCCGCUCCCCGCCCCCGGGCCCCGGCCCCGGCCCCGCCGCGGCCGCCGAGGGCGACUGGGCGCGCCUGCUGGAGCAGAUGGGCGCGCUGGCCGUGCGGGGCAGCCUGCGGGAGCGCGAGCUGGCGCGGCGCGAGGCGGCCGUGGAGCGGGGCGAGCGCGUGCUGGAGCGGCGGCGCCGGGCGCUGCGGGAGGAGGAGCGCGCGGCCGCCCAGGCGCGGCGGGAGCUGCAGGCCGAGCGGGAGGCGCUGCAGGCGCGGCUGCGGGAGGUGAGCCGGCGCGAAGGCGCCCUGGCCGCGGCCCCGCUGCACACUCCGCUCAAGGAGGAGCCCGAGGGGCAGCGGGACGGCUCCACCGUCACCAAAGUCCACCUGUAGGUUCCGGCCGCUCCCCGUGUGGCCGGCGGACCAGCGUCCUCAGCCUCACCUGGGAGCUCCUUCUCAGAACUGGAAUCUCCAGUGGAGGGCUUGGAAAGCGCUUCGGAAGCCUGUGCGGAACCAAAAGUCAGUUCGACCCCGCAGCCACCUAGGGAGCCUGGGAGAGCAAGCUCCAGCAGCCCCCCUUGCUGUUGGCGUUUAGUUGGCGCCCGUGCUGGGAGCAAGUUUUCCUCUAAA